UUUGAAUUUCCCGCCCAAGUUUUCCACGGUUCAUUUGGUGUCAGUUGGAAGAUCUAAAUUUUAGCUCGAAAUGGCGAAUUUCAAAUCAGGCUACGCGGAUCCAGUGCUUGAAAAUCCAUGUUCCAAGGUUACGAAGAGUUCAGGAAUUUUCGCUUCAAUGUGUCAAUUAAUUUGUUUUAUUAAAGCAGUUUCUGCUGGGGUUUGCAUGAUGAACACUACCUGGAGGGACCAACAACACCCAUCUUUCAUCAGUUUCAUCUCCUCCUUCCUCGCUGCAAAUUCUUUCCGCCUUAACUUUGUUCCAAUUUCCCCUGACUUCAUUUUCAAUUGUGGAGGAUUGUCUGUAGCAUUUAUUUUUGUAACAAAAUGGGAUUGCGGCAAUGUCGGAACAAUAUUCAGCAGGGCAAAAAAGCUCAAGGCUCAGUUUGCUCAUCUCUACGUCACUCUUAACCUUCCAACUAGGGACCAAAAUGAUUCUUUUCUGUGCUCUUACUUCAAGUAUGAAAUGCAGCUUGGUAGACCUACAUUUGUGCCAGUUCAAGACAUUGAGAUGGGUUUUGAAAAGAUUGUGAAGAUAGCUCACUCUUGUGGAGUUAGCAAACAGCAAGAGGUUAAAUCAAAAUUGAAAGCUGAGAGGAACCAAUCAGUGCAGGAGUUGGAAAAUUUCAUUAGAGUGGUAACAUCCAUACCAGGGAUUGAUAACCACGAUGCAAAUGCGCUAAAUCAAGCAAUUGGUUCAAUUGAAGGGAUUGCUAAAGCAUCAAAAGAAUACAUUUUAGAAACUACAGACCUUUCUGCUGACAAAGCUGAGACAAUUGUAAGGUUUUUCAGAGAUUCAAAGUUUUACCUCUGUCCUAAAAUCAUUUAAAGAGAAGAAACAAUUAUCACUUCAAAUCAGCAUUUUUUAUAUAGUAUUCAAUAUGGUAUAAACACCGAGGUAUUUUGUUUUUUUUCUUUUUAAUUUUUGGUGUUGGAAUCGUCAGAUCUUACUAAAACUCAUAUUGAUAUAUGAAAUGCAAACAUUGUCUUGCCUGUUUGUUUA